CCGAGCCCCGCGCACGCGCAGUGCGGGGCAGCGAUGGCGGCGCGGGGCGCGCGGCCCGGGACGGUGCUGGGCGCCAUGGAGCUGGGGCGGCGCGCGGGGCCCGAGGCCAGCGCCGCGCUGCUCCGCGCCUUCCUGCGCCGGGGGCAACGCCGCCUCGACACCGCCUACAUGUACGCGGGGGGAGAGUCCGAACGGAUCUUGGGCGCGCUGCUGGAUGGCGGCACCGAGCCCGUGGAAAUUGCUACCAAGGCCAACCCAUGGGAUGGGAAGACACUGAAGCCUGAGAGUGUGAGGUCACAGCUGGACACAUCCCUGGAGAGGCUGAAGAGGACAAGUGUGGAGCUGUUCUACCUCCAUGCUCCUGACCAUGGGACCCCAGUGGAGGAGACUCUGCAUGCCUGCAAUGAGCUGCACAAAGAAGGAAAGUUUAAAGAACUUGGUCUCUCAAACUAUGCAUCAUGGGAGGUUGCUGAAAUCUGCACCAUCUGCAAAUACAACAACUGGGUGAUGCCAACUGUGUACCAGGGAAUGUACAACGCAACCACCCGGCAGGUGGAGGCUGAGCUGCUCCCCUGCCUGAGGCACCACGGGCUGCGCUUCUACGCCUACAACCCUCUGGCAGGAGGGCUGCUGACUGGCAAGUACAAGUACGAGGACAAAGACACACGUCAGCCCACUGGGAGGUUCUUUGGGAAUGACUGGGCACAAGCCUACAGGGACAGAUACUGGAAGAAGCACAAUUUUGAAGGAAUUGCUCUCAUAGAAAGAGCUCUGAAAGAGGCGUACGGCUCCAACGCGCCCAGCCCGGCCUGCGCGGCACUGCGCUGGUUGUACAACCACUCCAAGCUGCAGGGUUCUCUUGGAGAUGCAGUGAUCAUUGGGAUGUCCAAUUUGGAGCAGCUCGAGCAGAACCUUGACUACAGUGAAGAGGGUCCUCUGCACCCAGCUGUGGUGGAGGCGUUUGAUCAAGCCUGGAACCUGACAGCACAUGACUGCCCCAACUACUUCCGCUAGAGACUGGGGUAGGGACAGGAAAUCCGGGAUCACGGGGGCUGGAUAAUCGUGCACGAGAUUCCCCAGGCACAGGAGCACUUGCCCGCCCUGCCCCUUUGAUUGACCUGCAAAUGGGUUGUGAUUUUUUUUUCCUGUAUUGAUGAAGCUUUGAAGGACCUGCUGGCAGCCCUUGGCCCGUUGGUCAUGUCUUAUCCUGCCUCCCCUCCUGGUCCUCCAGCACAUUGUGAUUGAAACUUUAAUUGGGGAAAAUGGACACAUAAUGGGAUGAAGGCCCCAGUCCUGCUUUAAUAUGGUCUUAAAUAACCAGGUACAAGAAUAAAGCCUUUUUUAACACAGA